CUUGCUCAAACGGAAAUCGUCCAAGUCUCUAAAUUGCCGCCGUUCGCAGCGCCACGUCGUGGCAGUCGGGAGAAUACUGAUCGCGACGCCAGACGAACUCUUCCUUUCCGCCUAGCUCUCACGAGUAACAUGUCGCAUACAGCUGAACGAAGGAAUGAUGAUCAAUGGCCAGGGGAUUCAAAAAAUGGUCCUAGUGAAAGUGAGCAGCCCACGUACGAUGGGCCUCCUGGAAUGGACCCUGAUGGCGUCAUCGAGUCCAACUGGGAAGUUGUUGUGGAGAACUUUGAUGAAAUGAAUUUAAAAGAAGAACUACUACGUGGUAUAUAUGCUUAUGGCUUUGAAAAACCAUCGGCAAUCCAACAACGUGCCAUCCUACCAUGUAUAAGGGGGCUCGACGUUAUUGCUCAGGCUCAGUCUGGUACCGGCAAGACUGCUACCUUUUCAAUAUCGAUCCUUCAACAAAUCGACACUAGUAUUAAAGAGUGCCAGGCUUUAAUCCUCGCACCGACUCGUGAAUUAGCGCAACAAAUCCAGAAAGUCGUAAUCGCUCUAGGAGAUUUUAUGCAUGCGGAGUGUCACGCAUGCAUUGGUGGCACCAAUGUACGUGAAGAUAUGCGAAAACUGGAUCAGGGGGUCCACGUGGUGGUCGGUACCCCUGGUAGGGUUUACGAUAUGAUCAGUCGACGAGCACUUCGGGCAGGCAGCAUCAAACUGUUUGUGCUGGACGAGGCCGACGAAAUGCUUUCCCGAGGUUUUAAGGAUCAGAUCCACGAUGUAUUCAAAUUAUUACCCAACGAAGUGCAGGUGAUAUUAUUAUCUGCGACAAUGCCAUCUGAUGUGUUGGACGUGUCCAAAUGCUUCAUGCGCAAUCCCAUCCGCAUCCUGGUUAAAAAGGAGGAGCUAACCCUCGAGGGUAUCAAGCAAUUUUUCGUUUACGUUGAGCGUGAAGAUUGGAAAUUGGAGACUCUCUGCGAUCUGUACGAUACGCUGAGCAUCACCCAGGCUGUCAUCUUCUGUAAUACGCGGCGUAAGGUCGAUUGGUUGACCGAGAGCAUGCAUAAACGCGACUUUACUGUUUCGGCCAUGCAUGGCGACAUGGAACAGAAGGAGCGUGAUCUCAUCAUGAGGCAAUUCCGUACUGGAUCAUCCAGAGUUUUGAUCACCACCGAUCUUUUGGCGCGUGGUAUUGACGUGCAGCAGGUUUCACUUGUCAUCAACUAUGAUUUACCUUCCAACCGAGAAAAUUACAUUCACAGAAUUGGUCGUGGUGGUCGUUUUGGUCGUAAAGGUGUGGCCAUUAACUUCGUGACGGAGGAAGAUAAACGAACCUUAAAAGAUAUCGAGCAAUUCUAUAACACUCACAUCGACGAGAUGCCAAUGAAUGUCGCUGAUUUGAUCUAAGUCCGACUAUUGGCUAUAAUCCAUUAUAAUAAAAAAAAAAUAAUAAAAAGUAAGUGAAAGAAGCUCUCAGCUGAUCGAUCUCUCAUGGUGUGUGAGUAUAUAUACUGAGUGAGUUGGUGGACUAUAUCGCUUAUGUAAACGCGAUCUAAACCAAAAUAUUCCAACGUUUUCAUAUUCGUUUCGAUUUAUAAUAGUAGAUUACGGAAAUAGUUAUCUGUUACGCUACAGGAGUUAGUGUAGUACGAUUAUUAUUACUAUUAGUGUAAUUACCACUACUGUUGCCGCUACCGAUAUCGCUGCUGCUGCCGCCGCCGCCGCCAUCGCCGCCGCCGCCGCUGCUGCUGCUAUUAUUACUACUACUACUAUUACUAUUAUUCCUAUCGUUACCGCUAUAGAUAUUACUAUAAAUAUUAUACUAUACAUCUCUUUCAUUGGUACUGCUGAUACCACCAAUUGCUAUCCACAGGAUUUAUUUUUCAUUUUAAUUUUUAUAUUUACAACAUAGUAAUAUUGGCAUAGAGUUUAAAAAAAUCUCACGCCGUAGGGUGAGACAAAUAAGAUUAAAACGCGAGAAGCCGCGGCCCGGCGCAAUUCGAUACAACACACUUUUAGCCCUAUUAUUGCAACAGGUUAGAGGUUUUACAUUACUCACAGAAUGCGUCUGUGCUCUUAUCCCAUCGCAGGUCCCAUGGUCGUGAUAAAAAUUCUCAAGUCGGUUCUUUUGAGGCUUCUGAUCCCAUCUAUUUUCUCCCACGACAUUUCUAACUGGGUGAUCCAAUCUGUUGUGGUUAACAGUCCUUAUUUGACGCUUCUCUUACCGCGAUUACAACUUGUUUGUCUAGGCAGAGGUUUAGUUGGGUAUUGGAGGGGAUAUUUUAAUCACAAGCGUUGCCGCAGGAGAUGUAUAUUCAAGGAUAGACGAUAUGAAUUUUUUGUAUAUCCUAAAUCCCAGGCGCACACACCUCAUUCAUAUUAAAUAAAGUGUUUGACCUUUUAAGGGAGUGUGGUCUUUGUUAUUGCAAUCUUUAUUAUCUCUCUUAUGUGAAAUUUCAUCCAAUUUUAUACUGGAAGUCUUGAACGCACGAUAUGUACGAACGAUCAUUCUCGAACUAUGAAAGGGGAGUUUCGCAUUGGGAAUAAGUUUCGCAGUUUAUAUGCCGAAAAAGUUCUCACAGUUUUCUUUUAUUUGUAUUUGCAGGCAGUUUUGGACGGUCCAGAUGUGGGCGACAUAUUUUUGGAAAUAAAAACAAGAUUUCCUGAUUCAAUAUCGAAGUUUUUGUAAAUCGAUUACCUCUCUAAACUCCUGCCUUUCGUAGGUUCUAAUAAUAUAAUGCUUUAAUAAAAUAUUGCUCUUUUUUCCUUUUUUAUACUUUUACAUUAUUCUUAUUGGUAAUGAGGCGAUGAUUUUGAAUAAUUUUCUUUUUAUAUUCGUCAAUAUAAUUAUUUGCAAGUAUUCUUUAUCGCACAUAUUGUGAUUGUUUUCGCGCACUUACCCAUAUUAGUUGUUGAGAUGAAUUGAAACAUCAAUAUUGUGAGAACUUUUGUAUUGUGUUUAUGGAAAUGACUGUCUUACAAAAAUGAUUAAAUGAUAUUGCGAUAUCA